AUGGGUGGUCUGAAUCAAACUCGAUUCCUGUUAGGACACUUUGUUGAAACUGCGCGUAUAUUAGUGUAUGGUAUGCGAGGAUAUUUCAAAGGUCUUGGACCGAAUCUCGUCGGAGUUAUCCCAGCACGAUCCAUCAAUUUCUAUACCUACGGCAAUGGUAAAAAACUAUAUACCGAACUCAACCAUGGAAAGGAAACCGCGGCGGUGCACCUGGUUUCUGCAGCUACAGCGGGUAUUGUGACAAGCACAGCUACCAAUCCCAUUUGGGUAGUGAAGACGCGAUUACAAUUACAGGGCAACGGUGUGCGUCGUUAUACUAGCAGUUUGGAUUGCGUGCUGCAUAUUCUUAAAGAAGAAGGCGUAAAAGGAUUAUACAAAGGCAUGAGUGCAUCGUACUUGGGCGUCGCAGAAGGCACCAUACAAUGGGUAAUUUACGAGCACCUGAAGCGAAAAUGGGCUGUCAACAGCGUUGGUACUGUGUCUGGCGAAAAGAGAUUUGGCGGUAAAAGUGUCCAAGAUUGGAUGGGUAACUUGGGAGCAGCCGCAGUAUCAAAGUUUGUCGCCGCUUGUGUAUCAUAUCCUCAUGAAGUUAUCCGCACACGUCUUCGACAACCUGCUGAAAACGGCGUACAAAAAUACACAGGAUUAUGGCAAUGUUUACGUCUGGUCGCCAAGGAAGAAGGCGUGGUCGCUCUUUACGGUGGAAUGACAGCUCAUUUACUUCGUGUUGUUCCAAACGCGGCUAUCAUGUUCUUCUGCUAUGAAGCCAUUGUUCACCGAUUCGGCAACGAGCAGCAACAACAACAGCACCAAUAA